AUGGCACGCUACGACGAUGCUCCCCUCCCCUAUUCGUCCAGUGGGCCCAUGCCCACUCGCAACCCGACCCUCCGGCGAGGCAACACAAGAGGCGGAACGGUCAAGCGCAGUAAAACACUCACCAGACCCGAGAGACAUGUCGCACCCGAACCUCUCAUCAACCCGGGGACGUCGGCACAGACGACACCGGCAGAGGGCGGGAACUGGAACUGGUGGGUGCUGACGUCGUGGAUCGCUACGUUCUACGCUCCGCCAGCACUUCUCCGGGCAUGUGGUAUCAAAGACAAGCAGACGCAGCAGGCCUGGCGAGAAAAGGUCACCCUCUGCACCAUUGCCGUCAUUAUGGGUGCGAUCGUCGGUUUUGCGACCAUGGGUCUUCAGUCCGCUCUUUGUCCGGGAGGCGAGACGAACAAGGCGUACCAGCUACUUGGAUCUCAGAACAGAUAUGCCUUUGACAUUUCCGAGUCGGCGACGCCAGAACAUGUCAACUUUUACCAGCUCGCGAACAAUAUGUCGGGCCAGGACAUCACCAUGCUCUUCCAGCGGAAUAACGACGACUACCCCGAGUGCCAAGGCAAGAACGCAAAGUACGCCACCUCGCCUCUGUGUCCCACGAAGGACCCGUCCGGGACGUCCACGGACCCCAUCUGCUCUCUUCCCCAGCUCAACAAGCAGACGGUCGAGACGCUCAAGCUCAAGAACUUGACCCUGUGGGAGGGAUACUCGUGGGAGCAGGUCGCCAAGCUCGACGACUAUCUCGUGCUUGACGGCUACGUCCUGAACAUGGGCCCGUACCUCGCGGCGAACCCGAAUUCGAUCGAGAACGACCCCGUCGACCAGGUGAUCCGACGAGCACUCGACAAGCAACGCAGCUCGGGCAAGGAUGUCACGAACCAGUUCUACCACACGCAGGAGCUGCGCGACGCCAUCCCCUGCAUGAAGUCUCGAUACCUCGCCGGCCACAUUGACAAGAUGACGCCAGGAUGUUUCGUCGCCGCGCUCUUCCUGUACUGCUCGCUGGGUGUCAUUCUCGGUGUCGUGCUCAUUCGUUUCUUCAUGGCCCUGAUCUUCAACUGGUUUAUCGCGCAUCGCCUCGUCGAGAAGCAGGACGUCCACGGGCGCGCCAUUGCACCUACCGUCAUGCCCGAGGGUGCCAAUGUGUCGGUCAACAACCAGAACGGUACUGCCCCGUGGGCGUCUGGGCAGAACGGACAGAAGUCUGCCCCUGCACCGAUCAUGGACAUGGCACAGAUCGGCCAGGACCUGUUCACCGUCUGCCUCAUCACAUGUUACUCGGAAGGCGAGGAAGGAAUCCGUGGAACGCUCGAUUCGAUCGCCUCGACGACUUUCCCCGACCAGCGCAAACUGCUGUGGAUCGUCUGCGACGGCAUGAUCACGGGUGCCGGCGAGAAGAUGAGCACGCCCGACAUCUGUGUUAGUAUGCUCGAUGCCGACCCUCGAUUCGGAAACCCUCAACCGAUGGGUUAUAUUGCUGUCGGAUCUGGCGCCAAGAAGGAGAACCGUGCCAUGGUCUACGCGGGACACUAUCUUACCAAGAACGGUCACCGCACGCCCGCCGUCAUCGUCGUCAAGUGUGGCAUGCCGUCCGAGGCCAACGACGCCACCUGGAAACCGUGGCAAGCGUGA